GCCGCAGUGUCGGUGGCACAUGAUGGCGGAGGAGAGCGGCGUUUGCAGCUUUGUGUUCAAGAAGCGGGUCCGAGCCGCGGGCAGCGGCCGCCGAAAACGGCCCGGCAGCGACCAGGAGCGGGAGAGCAGCGGGGAGGAGGGCAGCAGCAGCAGCAGCAGCGUGGUGCGGAAGGAGCGGCGAAGGGACACCCCCAACCCCAUGAUCCAGAAGACCAGGCGCUGCACGAGGGAGAGGCCGGAGUACGCCCUGAGCAGCAGUGAGGAUGAGGAUCCUGCCAAGGACAUCGGUGUCACCUACAAAUCCACCAGGUCGGCGAAACCUGUUGGCCCAGAAGACAUGGGAGCCACAGCAGUGUAUGAACUGGACACGGAGAAGGAGAAGGAUGCCCAGGCCAUCUUUGAGCGCAGCCAGAAAAUCCAGGAGGAGCUGAGAGGAAAGGAAGAUGAUAAAAUUUACCGUGGCAUUAACAACUACCAGAAGUACGUGAAGCCCAAAGACACAUCGAUGGGAAAUGCCUCUUCAGGAAUGGUCAGGAAAGGCCCCAUCCGUGCUCCAGAGCACCUGCGGGCCACCGUGCGCUGGGACUACCAGCCCGACAUCUGCAAGGACUACAAAGAGACCGGCUUCUGCGGCUUCGGGGACAGCUGCAAAUUCCUGCAUGACCGCUCGGACUACAAGCAUGGCUGGCAGAUCGAACGGGAGCUGGACGAAGGCCGCUACGGCGUCAAUGACGAUGAAAACUACGAGGUGAGCAGUGAUGAGGAGGACAUGCCUUUCAAAUGUUUCAUCUGCAGAGGUUCCUUCAAGAACCCCGUGGUCACCAAGUGUCGGCACUACUUCUGUGAGGGCUGUGCCCUCCAGCACUAUCGCAAAUCCCAGCGCUGCUACGUCUGCGACAAGCAAACCAACGGGGUCUUCAACCCUGCAAAAGAGCUCAUGGCAAAACUGGAAAAACACAAAGGGGAGGAGGAAGAGGUGCAACAGUCAGACCAUGAAGAGGAUCCACAGUAGCAGAACACAUUUUGUACAUAACUGAAUAAAGCUUUUGUAGGAGAAAAAGAAAGCUCACAGCUGUAGCCAGGGGUUGUGUAUCCAACCAGCAGCUCCUGAACUGUGUGCACCUGUGCUGGUCUCUGCUGCCCUGCAGGGGCACAGGGCAGGGCAGGUAAGACUCCAAGGGCUGAGGGAGCCAUCUGCUACCCCCAGAGCCCCCGAGCUGGGAAAGCAGGGUCAAUGUUCAGUUACUCCUAAUUGCUGCUUCUGACCACGGUGCUGCUGUUUCACUCCUAACGCUGCAUGAAUCCUGCUGCAUGCAUGGAACAAAGUUAAUUUAAGGCCCUAAGCUUAGAGCAUGGAGCAAGCUGCAGGCAUUGGCAGGGAUUAGAAACAGGAGCUUGCAUUAAGUUCAUUCUUAACCCUAAAAAGGCUAAUUCAUGGGAAAGCAGGCUGGAGCACUGCAGUUACUGCACAUUUAUUCCCUCCUGUCUUGGUUCCUAGGAACCAACCUUCAAGGUAGGGACAGAACUUCAGUUACACACCUCUCAAAUCUGCCCUGUUUGUAAGACUUCGUAACAAGCGAGGCAAUCAAUAAUCUUCUUACUAACAGUAAGAUUAAAUCAGGAGCCAAACCUGAUCAAAGGGAGGAAGUAGAGCUUGUCCUGGCCUUAACAAACACCUCUGCAACUAGGAGAAUUUGACUGAAACUUUCAGAAAAGAGCAAGUGCAGGUGUUUGCAGCUUGUUGCUUUAGUUGAAGUAUGUU